AUGAAAAUGGAUAGUAAUUAGAAGUUUGAGAAGAAGCAAAAGAUUAUAGGUAAUAAUCUAUAAUAUAUAAUAUUUUAAGCGCUUUAUCAAGAUAUACAUAAUUAGGCAGAUAUAUUUAAAUGGAAAUAAAGAAGGAUAAAGGCAGAUUAAUGUAAAUAUAUAUUAAAUUUAGAUUAUUAUAUAUAGAAGAGAAGGAAACUAUAAUGA